UGAAGUGCUUAUCUCUUCACGAGCGAUAAUCAAAGUGUCACAAGUGUCAGUAAUAUUUGCUGAGCAUUUGCGAUGUACGAUUGCCACCACAAACACGGCGUACAGAUUAAGAAGUCAUUUAUCUACAAUCGUUAUCUGCACCGUAGAUGUUAGUUCUGAAAGUCGCAUCGUCGAGUCGCAAUGUCCGACGUGAAAGCAUUCAUGACAGCAGUCCAUGGCGAUCCACGGUUCUACGAGGGUCUUGUCUGCGAUUCCAUGAGUUUGCUCAUAUUGUAACCAGCUGUAACUGUUCGUAAUGUGCAUGUCGUGUUUUAUCGUGACGAGAUUGUGAUAAUAACAUAAUUUUCGAGCUGUUGAACGAUAAGAGCUCUGAAACGGACAGGAUAUUCCCCUCAACGAGCGACAAUUGCUGUAUUUUAUCAAUUGCGUCAGAUUAAAUUUGCAAAGAUGCUGAUUUCUUAAAUAACUUAAAUUGAAUUGUCCCCGGCUGCUGUUGCAGUUUGAACAAGCAUAGUCCGAUGUUAAAUAUGCAAAUCUCGUUGUAUUAACAUUUCUAUCAUUCACUCCAGCUGGAAAAUUUGCCACUGAUGUCACAAUGGGGUUGCUAUCAACUCACUGGCACAUAGCAGAUUGAGCGAAAAUGUCAGAAUCUAAGGAUAGUCAGGUAGAAAAGUGUGACAUUGUCCUUCCAAGACAAGGUCUAUUGUAUCAGAAGGAUACAUUAAAUUAUAUACUCUGCAAGCCAAAAUUGAUCCCAUUGAAAUCGGUAACUUUGGAAAAAUUGGAAAAAAUGCAGAAAGAAGCUGAGAUCAAAGUCAGAGAAGCACAAGAGGCAGAAACUAAUUCUGACAUGAAUGCAUAAAUAUUUAUGUGCAUUAACUGAUAAUAAUUUGAAAGUCAUAAGAUGCAUUAAAUAUCACAGUUAUCAAGAUAAAAAACAAAAUG